AUGGCUGCCCCAAGGAAGCCCGCACAGCGAAGCUAACGAGGAUUGGGGAGCAAUCUUCUGAGGGAAAGGAGGAGGGGGACCCCAGGAGAGCCGCCGCCAGGACAGCUGCCCGUGGAGCCGCACAGGUUCCACCACCCUUGCCAUAAAUUUUGAGUUGUAUUUGGAAAAAUACUGGCCAGAAAGAAAAAAAAUGAUAAAGUUUUUCCUCAUGGUGAAUAAACAAGGGCAGACCCGACUUUCUAAGUACUAUGAACACAUGGAGAUUAACAAGCGGACACUUCUGGAAACCAAAGUCAUAAAGAGCUGUCUCUCUCGAUCCAGUGAACAAUGCUCUUUCAUUGAAUAUAAGGAUUUUAAGCUGAUAUAUCGUCAGUAUGCAGCGCUCUUCAUUGUGGUUGGAGUUAACGACACUGAGAAUGAGAUGGCUAUUUAUGAAUUCAUUCAUAAUUUUGUGGAAGUUUUAGAUGAGUACUUCAGCCGAGUGAGUGAAUUGGAUAUAAUGUUUAAUUUGGAUAAAGUACACAUCAUUUUGGAUGAGAUGGUGUUAAAUGGCUGCAUCGUGGAAACUAACCGGGCAAGAAUUCUUGCCCCUCUACUAAUUUUUGAUAAGAUGUCAGAAAGCUGAACAGUGGAAGGCCUGGCCAGACAACACUGAUUUCUAGAAAUGCAAAUGCCAUGAAAUACCUCUCAACAUCUGUAGCCCAUAAGAAUCUGGAAGACCACACAUUGCAAAACGGGGUAUCCUUCCAAAAACAUUAUAAAUAGGCAUUUUCCACAUUUCCUAAAUAGAAAACAAAAGUAUAUUUUAAAAUCUGAUGUACAAAGGAAAUUUUUAUCUAAAUUGUCAGAAGUUUUAUUGUCUAACUGUAGGCAUUUUUCCCCCACUAUAAAAUUUGGGAAAAGAAGGUUUGGGUCUGUGC